AUGCUAGACCCUUCUAGUCGAUUACGAAAUGCUAUAAUCGAGGGGAAUCUACCCAUUGUUAAACGAAUACUUGGAAGAUUCCCUGAAUUAUGGUUGAAUACCGAUCCCAACCACAAUGGUUGGUCAAAUUUACACUAUUCAAGUUAUUAUGGACACUAUUUAAUUUGCUUUCACCUACUAGCAUUUAUCAACAAGACUUUGGGACAAUCUUCAAACGAAUACACCGAGUUGGACCUACUCACAUUUGACAACGUCACUGUGCUCCAUCUUUGCAUGGAAAAGCAUCAUUCGCAAACGCUACAUUAUUUGCUACAGGAAUUCCCUGGCAAGCUAUGGUUGAAUUUCAAAGGAGGACAGCUUGAAAGAACUCCCUUGCACUAUAGUAGUGCCUAUAGCUUCACCGACGGUCUCAAAUUGUUGUUGGAGUUUGGAGCUGACUACAAGGUCCGGGACAAGAAUGGAGACACUUGCCUACAUUUGUGUUUCCAAUACGGCAGCAUCGGAUGUUUGAAAGAACUUAUUCAGCACAUCAUCUUGAAUGUAAGGGACAAAAAGGCAAUUGAAGGAGAAAUUUUACAACUAGAAUCGAUCAAAAAUAAGCAAGGCUGGCUUGCAAGAGAUUUUUCAGCCAGCUUUGACUUGAUCCAAGAAUACGAAAUCGCCAAAAAGCGCAUGCUACAAGCAGACCACUCAACCCCGACUCUUUCGAUGCCACCGUUGAAGCUUCCCUAUAGCGACAAUAGCUCGCAAACGUCGUUGGACUCGCAAAAUCGAGUGUUGGCGAGCCCCAUCGUGCUGAUGAUGUCCAAGCAGACUGUUGACCAACCUGCCGUGGGCCGCAAGCACGCAAAUUCUUUACCCUGUGACCCGCAUUCACCUCGAACGCAAAAGUCAGCACGAAGUCGUUCAAAUACUUCCUAUUCUUACAAGCCUCCCGGGUUGACCAUACUCACGGGAACGUCGUCGCCCAUUUCUUUUCAGUCGCCUUCAACUCCAUUAGCGCCACAACCACCAAUGCUCAAGACCCCUUCGUUGAAGUCGGUGACCAUUUCACCUUCUGUGCGCGGGGCAAUAGCGAAUGUGAUGGAAAUCGAGCCGGAUUCCCCGACUUCGUACGUUUCUUCAAAUUCGUCGUAUACAACUUCACCUUCAGCAAAAUCGCAUUCGUCUCGCAAGAAAGCCAUGUCGUUUUCUAAAGGCACACCACUACCUUCCAUCGCUUCGGAUAAUGUGUUUUGGCCGUCGGUAGAAGAAGAAGAAGAAACCACCAUUUUGACAUCGCAUGCAUCGGAUCCACAACUAUCCGGGUCCAAACCGAGAAGUAACUCAUCAUCGUCAUCGAUUGCUGCAAAAGUUGCAUUCAAUUCAAGCAGGUCUUCAUUGAAUCAGCAACUGCAUCAACUGCAUCAACCUCUGGAUAGUACCCGCAGUAGUCCCAGACGCUCCAAGUCCAACAGGCCGAGAAAUGGCAACGCCAAUAGUUUCAACAGCAUGUCAUCAGUUGCGACAUGGUAUAGCUCAGCUUCAAGCAGCGGCCAUAACAGCGACAUCCAGGAAAGCGGUGCCUCUGAAGAUGGCAUGAGUCGAGCAGAAACCACCACAAAUUCAAAUUCAAAUUCAAAUUCAAAUUCAAAUUCAAAUUCAAGCAAGAGGGAUGACAUUGUUUUGGGGAAAUCGAGGUCAUCUGAUACCCUCAACUCUCAAAGAGGCAGUGUUAGUCGAGAACCUACAACCCAUAACGUGUUUUUGAAUCAGAGUGCCAAUGUUAGCAUCAAUUCAUUCAAUGGGCUCCCUCAACGGUCGGUCAAUAGCAUCAGUUUCAGUAGAGUUCGCUAG